GUGACAUCCAAAGAGAAGACAACAGCUGCUGCACGCAACAAACCAGCAGUUGGUUUUCCGUCUGUUCGUGCCUAAGGAACCUAUGAGCUUUUGGAUCGUGCCUCCGCCGCAAGAACCGUCUCAAGCUCUCCAAGCUGGAGCAAUCAAGGAACGCGCAAGAUCCACCAGAGCACUCUUCACCUGCUCAGAGAAACUCGCACGAAACUGGAACCAGGACAGCGACUCUGCUGACUCCCUCCGCUCCCACAGCUGCCCAGGAUGCGAAAAGAAGGAGCUCGACUACCACCGCACCGCACACACCUUUCCAGACUAUGGGUAUUGCGCCUGUGUCCAUGAACCUGUCCUGACAACGCCGAAGCUAAUCACUGCCUGUGGUAAAGCCCUGUAA